AUGGACGAGCUGGCUCGAGAGAAUAUCAAUCUACUGGCCAAGCCAAACUCUCUGGACGCAGAGAGGUCAGGUCUGUCAUCCUGUGGAGCAGUAUUCAUCCUGCUGAAAUCAGCCCUUGGUGCUGGGCUCCUCAACUUCCCCUGGGCUUUCAGCAAAGCAGGAGGGAUCCACACAGCCAUCACCGUGGAGAUGGUUUCCCUCAUCUUCCUCAUCAGCGGCCUGGUGAUCCUUGGUUACUGUUCUUCAAUCAGCCAACAGUCCACCUACCAGGGAGUGGUGAAGGAGACCUGUGGGCCCACCGUUGGGAGACUCUGUGAGAUCUGCUUUGUCUUCAACGUCUUUAUGAUCUCAAUCGCAUUUCUCGUCGUCGUUGAAGAUCAGCUGAGCAAAUUGUGCGACUCAAUGGCGAUCAAUGAAACCAUGGCAGACAGUUCGGACACGCCCCGGCCCUGGUACACAGACCAUCGUCUGGGACUGUCUGGCAUCUGCCUCUUUGUCAUCCUGCCAUUAUCAAUCCCGGAGGAGCUCAGCUUUCAGAAGUACAGCAGCAUCCUGGGGACUUUGGCAGCCACAUAUCUCACAAUUAUGGUAGUGGUGAAAUUCUAUUUGAUAAUGGAUUCCAAGUUCAUUCCAGACCAGCACAGCUCCAGUGUUCCUUCAUGGACAGCCAUUUUCACCGUCGUGCCAACAAUUUGCUUUGGAUUCCAGUGUCACGAGGCCAGUGUGGCGAUCUACAGCAGCAUGGAGAACAGGAAACUCUCCCAUUGGAUCCUCAUCUCUGUCCUCUCCAUGGUGGCAUGUCUGCUCAUUUACUCCAUCACAGGAGUGUAUGGAUACUUAACAUUUGGUACAGACGUGGCUGCAGAUAUCCUAAUGUCAUACCCAGACAAUGAGGUUCUCAUUAUAAUAGGGAGACUGCUCUUUGGGAUCUCCAUCAUCACCAUCUAUCCCAUAAUACUCCAUUUGGGCAGGUCUGCCAUUCAGGAGCUGUGCGUAAAAUGCCGUCCUCGGAAUGCGGUGCUGACGGUAUCAUCCAGGAGGAGACUGAGGCUCUUUCUGACGACCUGCUGGCUCCUGGUCACCAUGGUGAUAGCACAGUUUGUCCCUGACAUCAGUGAAGUCAUCAGUCUCAUCGGGGGCAUCAGCGCCUUCUUCAUUUUCAUUUUCCCAGGCCUGUGUCUAUUCUGCACCAUGCAAACAGGGCCCAUGUCUCCCAGAGUCAGGUCGUCUUUGAUGGUCUGGGGAACGAUUACCAUCCUGUGUGGAGUGUUCAUCUUUGGACAGAGUACAGCCAGUACAGUGAUCAAGUUGAUGGAGGGACUGAUCUAA